GAAACUCUGGUAUAAUGGCCUUUGGUGUUGUGAAAGCCUUCUUAUGGGAGGAAAAAUAUUAUGAAGUCAAAGCAACAGAUGCAGAUGCUGACCAGUUUGGAGAAAUUGAGUAUUCUCUUUAUGAUGGAUUUAAUUUUUAUGAAAAAUCCAAAGCUUUCCAGAUUGACCCACGCACUGGUCAGAUCUUUGUGUCUCAAGACAUUGACAGAGAAGGAGAUCCAACCACUUAUGAUCUCUUAGUAAAAGCUACAGAUGGGGGUGGUCUGAGUGCCCAAGCUUUUGUUCGCAUUGAGAUAGAAGAUAUUAAUGACAAUCAACCCAUUUUUGAACAAGACAUCUAUGUGACAAGUAUCAGCAGUCACACACAGCCAGGAACAGAAAUCAUCAAUGUUGUUGCCACAGACAGAGAUUCAGGAGUGUUUGGUGUUGUCACAUAUGAACUGGUCCCAGGAGAAUUUUCUUCUUUUUUCACAGUGGAUACAUCCACAGGAAUUAUUUAUCUUACCUCAGCUCUUGGCCACCUGACACAUUCUGCAGUCCUCCUGACUGUUUCUGCACGGGAUGGGGGUGGCCUUCCCUCUGCCAGCAAUGCAGCUGUCACAGUAAACAUCCUUCAGACUGUUUUGGUUCCUGCCACAUUUGAGAGAUCUCGGUAUAGCUUUUCUGUUCCAGAAGAUGCACCUGAAGACAGCGUGAUUGGCACCGUGAAGGCCAGAGAGCCUACGAAUUCAUUAGAGGUGGUUUCUUAUAGAAUUUGCUCCGGUGAUCCACAUGGAAAGUUCUCUAUCGACCCCCAGGUUGGCAUUAUCCGCACCAAGAAACAGCUUGACCACGAAGCUCAGCCUGUUGUGGUGCUCACUGUUCAGUCACAGCUGGGUAAUUCCCCUGUCUACAGCAGCACUCAAGUCAACAUAUCUGUGACAGACAUUAAUGACAACCCCCCAGUAUUUCCUACCAAAUCUGAUAAAGUAACCAUCUCUCAUACCCAGCCUCCUGGCACUGCUGUCUACAUUGCUCACGCAGAAGACAAAGACAGUGGCCUAAACGGGGCAAUCAAAUACAGUAUUGCAAGCAAGCAGUCAGAUGCAUUUAGCAUUGAUCCAAGUCUUGGAGUGGUAAACCUUACCAGGACAGUGUUUGCAGAAAAGCAGAAGGAAUAUACUCUACACAUAGCAGCCGAAGACUGUGGAAGUCCUCCUCUGACUUCUUUGCUGGUGUUGACCGUGGUUAUUGAAGAGCAGAAGAUGGGCCCUACUUUGGUUUUUCAAAGCUUGGUGUAUCAAGUAGAAAUCAGUGAAGCUACCUCUCCAGGUGCCCAAAUCCUUCAGGUUCAAGCCCACUCACUUGAUCCACACAGCAUUACUUCCAAUCUGACAUAUUCCUUAGAGCCUAGCACUGAUUCUGUUGUAUUUGGAAUCAGCUCUGAUACAGGCUGGGUUUAUCUUCGGAAACGUUUGAACUAUGAAUGCGCACAGAUGCUGAGUUUUAGAGCCUUGGUCAGCACAUCUCAGGAUGAAAACCUUAGGCAAAAUGCAAGUACAUCUAUAAUAGUUAAUGUGCGGGAUGAAAAUGAUCAUUCUCCCAUGUUUAUGCGUGAGAGCUACUUCUUUGAAAUUGAGGAAAAUCCAAUUCCCAGUGGUGUGGUUGGCACCAUUACAGCCAUUGACAAAGACUCAGGAAGAAAUGGACAGAUUUCCUAUUUCCUCUUGUCUGAUGGAAAAUAUUUCAAGAUUAACUCCAACACAGGUGAAAUCAUAAACUGGGCGGCGCUGGACCGCGAGGAGCGGGCGCACCACGAGCUGCGGGUGCUGGUGACGGACGUUUUGGAAGGGCAGCCAUCAGGGACGCUUGUUACCACCAUCUUUGCAAAAGACUUCGAUUCUGGAAACAACGGUGUUGUAUUAUAUUCAGUAGAAUCAGAAGGGGAUAUAGGAUACUUCCAGAUUGAUGCCGUCAGUGGAGAGUUAAGAACAACCCAGCCUCUGUCACAUGCUGAGAGAUCCGACUACAGAAUGACAGUCACAGCCAAGGACCAGGGGAUGCCUUCGCUUCAAGGACAUGCUGCUAUUUACAUCCAGGUGAUCCCACUUCCCGGUGGGAGAUCUGGCUUCUCUCAAGACUUCAAGCACUUAGUCAUACCUGAAAAUUUUAAACCUGCACAAGUGUUGGAUUCUCUGAAGGCACCGGGUAACCAUCUGGCACUUAACAGGAAACUGCAUUUCAGUAUUGCUAAAGAUGAUAAUGCUCAUUUUGAAAUAGACAGCUUGACAGGAGACCUUUAUCUUUCUAAGGAGCUUGACUAUGAAACAGAUUCACACUUUCUUUUGCAAGUUAUUAUAAAGGAUUAUAAUAAUCCCCCACAAAAUAGCACUGUCCUCCUAAGUAUUGAUGUGGAAGAUAAGAAUGAUCAUUCUCCAUAUUUUCAAGAUGACUUUGUAGUGAUUGGCAUAGAAGAAAAUGUACCUCUUGGCACUCUGGUUUACACAUUCAAUGCAAAGGAUGGAGAUGGCAGUUUUCUGAACAGCAAAAUAGAGUACUCCUUAGAAAUUAAUGACAUGGGUGAAAAUCCAUUUCUUAUUCACCCUUUGUAUGGCACCUUGACCACAGCUUCUCCACUAGACAGGGAGACUACUCAUUCUGUGAUCUUAACGGUGUUUGCAGAAGACCAGGCAAUAAAUUUGACUGAUCGUCGGCUGGAUUCCCUGGCUGUGAAAAUUGUUAUUUUAGAUAUCAAUGACAACAGUCCCAGUUUUAUGUCUUCGCCUGUUUCCUAUGUCCUGGAGGAUGUGGAGGUGGGCUUCCUUGUACACCACAUAAUUGCAAAGGAUCUAGAUGAGGGAAGAAAUGGACAAGUAACGUAUCACAUUCUUUCAGGCAAUGAAAACAAAGCAUUUGUACUGGAUAAAAUCACAGGACUCUUAACUACAGCCCAGUUUCUAGACCAUGAGGUUCAGGAGCGCUACAGUUUGACACUCAUAGCUCUUGAUGAUGGCAGCCCAGCUCUCUCUGCCACACAAGUUCUAACCGUCGUCGUUCUUGAUGUGAACGAUGAGACACCAAUAUUUCUGAAGCAACUUUAUGAGACUGCUGUUCAUGAAAACCGAGAUCCAGGGGAGUUUGUCGUAAGAGUGGAGGCUGUGGACCAAGAUGCAGGGCUGAAUUCCUUGCUUCAGUAUGAAAUCUUACCAGGAGCUGGUUAUGAGAAAUUCAAAAUGAACUCGGUCAGUGGAGAACUUGUAACAGCUGCAUCACUGGACAGGGAAACUCAGGAGGUUUUCAGUAUUAAAGUUUUGGUUCGGGACAGUGGAACCCCGUCGCUGUCAAGCACAGUGACAGUAAUCUGCACAGUACUGGAUGAAAAUGAUCACCCUCCCACAUUUCUUCUUCCUCCCUCUGAGAUCUUUAUUCCAGAGAACCAACAGCCUUCUGUUGUUUACAUUAUCCGGGCUGUAGAUAUGGAUGCUGGCAAGAAUGGAGCUCUAAGAUAUAAAAUAAUUGGUGGAAAUGUUGGAGAGUACUUCACACUAAAUAACACGUCAGGAAAGUUGCUGUUCACUCGUAGCUUAGACAGAGAAGAUAUCAGCAAUUUCACUCUUGUAAUUGAGUGCCAUGACCUAGGCAGUCCCUCGAGAAGCUCCACUGCACAGCUCUAUCUAACAGUAUUGGAUGAAAAUGACCACAGCCCGUUGUUUGCAAAGACCCGCUAUCAAAUCUCUGUGACAGAAGACCUGGAGGAAGGCUCAGCCAUCCUGGACCUCUCUGCUUCUGAUGAAGAUGCUGGCCUAAAUGGUGAAGUUAUGUACUCCCUCAUUGAUGACACCUAUGGAGCAUUUGCAAUUGACAGUGUCACAGGAUCCAUCAUUACUACAAAGGCGCUGGACCGGGAGACCAAGUCCCAGUACACGUUUAGGGCUGUGGCAAGUGACCGUAGCACCCAUUUUCCAAGGAGCACCACUGUCAGUGUUGUGGUGCAUGUUGAUGAUGUCAAUGACAACGAUCCCAUUUUUUUGCAGAAUCCUGUCAGGGUCUUUGUUCCUGCUGAAACUGCUGUGAAUGAGACAGUAGCCACUGUGAGAGCAGAGGAUGUGGAUCUGGGAUCAAAUGGAGCUAUUGUUUUUAAUUUGAUGAUGGCAGAAACUAUAUUUCAGAUCGAUAUGAAGACAGGUGACAUCAUUCUUCGGGAGCCCUUGGCUACCAAGGACUUCAGUACGCAGCUGCUAGUGACAGCUUCAGAUCAAGGCAUCGCACCUCGAACAGCUACAGCUGUGGUCAUUAUCUUUACAGAAGAGCAAGAGGAGGUGAUCUCAUUCAGCCGCAGCCUGUACGAAGCAAGUGUGCCUGAGAACAGUGCAGCAGGUACAUCACUUCUAACCGUAGAAGCUUAUGAACACAGAUUUACAGGAGAAGACAUAAAAUACAGCAUCUUUGGUGAUCAGGAAAUAUUCUCCAUACAUCCUGCUACAGGCACAAUCACAGUAAAAGAGCUGAAGUACCUUGAUUAUGAAGUUAAGCAUAAAAUACAUCUUACAGUUGUGGCUGAAAAUAGCUUCAAUGCAGUGUACUGUGGAGUGACAGUUUUGAUCCAAGAUAUGAAUGACAAUGCACCUAAAUUUGAGCAAAGCUAUUACAAAGCAUCGGUAUGGGAAGGCCAGAGUCCUAAAAGAGACAUCAUACAGGUAUUUGCAACUGACCUUGACAGUGGGCUGAAUGGAGAAACUGAAUUCUCAAUUUUAUCUGGAAAUGAAAAUGCAACAUUUCUAAUUGAUUCGGCACGAGGAAUUCUAGCAACUAAUACAGGCCUAGAUUAUGAAAACACUCCAUCUUACAGGUUGGUUGUACAAGCUGCUGAUAAAGGAAACCCCAGACUCUCUGCUACAAGUAUUGUGAGGAUACAAGUGUUAGAUGUUAAUGACAACGCUCCAGUUGUCCAACCACUAGGUGAAGUGAAGGUCCCAGAAAAUGCCCUGCCUGGUUUUAUAGUGACUCAAGUGUCAGCAAGUGAUGCAGACUCCAGGCCAGCACUGCAGUUUGGUUUUAUUUAUGAUACUAGUCCUGAAAUGAAAUUUUCCAUCGAUCAAUACACUGGUGUCAUUAUAGUGGUGGAACCAUUAGAUUUUGAAGAAACUGCUGUGUAUACACUGCAUAUCGUAGUUUCAGAUUCUGUGCAUCAAACAGAAGCAGAACUCACCAUCCUUGUUUUGGAUAUCAAUGAUAACCCUCCGGUGUUUACUCAAGAUUUUUAUCAGGUGAAUUUGCCAGAGCUCAUUUCUAUGGAUGCCACUGUUCUAACACUCUCUGCCAUAGAUAGGGAUUCUGAACAUAAUGGAAUGAUUUCCUACAAAAUCCUCUCUUCCUCUGAGGGAUUUUCCAUUGAUCACAAGAAUGGUUCGCUGUUCACCACGGAACCAGUUAUGCAGCUGAAAAAUAUUUCCAUUAUUCGUCUCUUGAUAGAGGCCACAGAUGGCGGCAGUCCCCCUCUGAGUGCAGUUACCUCCGUAGAGGUGCAUGUAGAAGAUGUCAAUAACUGUGCCCCUCGCUUCACAGAGGUCCUGUACAAUCUCAGUGUGAGUGAAGAUGCCUCAGCUGGAGAAACUGUCCUCCUGUUCUCAGCCAUCGACUGUGAUUGGAUGCAUGAAAACACGCUUGUUGAAUACUCUAUUAUUGGUGGCAAUGAUGAGAAUUUAUUCUCCAUAGAAACCAGUGUCAUGGGGUCAGAAAUAUCCUACAAACUUGCCAGCAGUCUUGUUUUGAGCAAUGCUCUUGACAGGGAAACAGCUGCUUCUCACCAGUUGGUUCUCCUUGCCUCUGAUCGUGGAACGCCCUCUUUGAAUUCAACUGCUACAGUGCUGAUAACUGUGCUGGAUGUUAAUGAUAAUCCUCCAGUGUUUAGCAGCCCAGAGUAUCAUGUUCAUGUCAAAGAAAGCAUCCCCAUAGGCAGUCACAUCACUGAAGUUUCAGCAAGAGACUGUGAUGCAGGCACUAAUGCAGAGAUCACUUAUGCUAUCAUCUCUGGAAAUGACAGAGGGCAUUUUUGCUUGGAUGGUAGAACUGGAUCUGUAAAUUUGACGAAAAUGCUGGAUUAUGAAGAUACCAUGAAAUUCACUUUGGUUAUCCAAGCCACAGAUGGAGGAACUGAUGUAAAAAAUACGGCUUUUGCUGUUGUUUUUGUUAGUGUCCUAGAUGACAAUGAUUAUGCCCCACUUUUUUUGUUUCCCAGUCUGAGCUGCACUGUCACUGAGAAUCUGCCUACCUUUUCUUUUGUGUGUGCUGUUUGUGCGUUGGAUUUUGAUAAAGGCUCCUAUGGGCACCUUACCUACUCUAUUCAGUCUUCAUGUUUGGCUCAUCGUGGAGCUGCUAGAGACCAUGACAUGUUCUUCAUUGAUCCUUUAACAGGAGAUAUUCAUACAAAGCAAAUGUUUGACUAUGAAAGUCAAAAUAGCUACUGUCUCAUAAUUCAAACAAAAGACAAAGGUGAUUCACUGGCUACUGCUACAGUUCAGGUAGAUAUUGAGGGGAGGGAUGAAUUUGACCCAGUGUUUACACAGGAACAUUAUUUCUUUAAUCUCCCUGAGAAGAAUGAAGCAGGUCAGCUGAUUGGCAGAGUGACAGCAUCAGAUAGUGAUGGUGGAGUGGAUGGAGUUGUUCAUUAUUCCCUUUUAAAACCUUCUCCGUUCUUUUCUGUGAAUGAAACCAAUGGCAAUAUUUAUUUGACUCAGACUGUUCACAGAUGGAAAAAUGGCAUCAAAAGGAAUGAUGAUACUCUGAAAUUGUUGGUAAGAGCUCAUAGCCCCAAAAUUGUGUCAAGGUUCACAGUAUGCACUGUUUUUGUAAAUGUUUCCAAUUCUCCUGAUAGUGAUCCCACAGUGUCAGCACACAGCCUGACAGUGAGUGUUUCCAUUUCACUGAUGGUGUUCCUGCUGCUUGCCAUCAGUCUUAUCACACUUACUCUGAGACUUAAGCAGAAAGAUCUGAUGAAUGCUUGUGUGAAAAAAAGCCCAGUAUCCUCCUCAGCUGCUGAUGUGAAUUCAAUAAGAGAAGACGAGGACUGCCAGAAAAUCCAAAGUACUGAGAGCAGUAUGCUUCCCAUGGGUGCUAUAGCAAGAUGGCUGAGCUUAGCAGGACUUGGAGAGGGGAAGGAUGAUGAUGUCUUCUGCAGGCAUUCAGACUCCAGUGGCCAUGGUUCUGCUGAAGGAGAGACUGCAGAGGAUGAGGAAAUCAAACGGAUCUAUGAGUAUCCUUGCAGAAAAAGCAUUGGCUCAGCACUGAGCGAGCAUGGCUCGCAGAUGCCAGAUUCGGGGAUCCCAAGAGAGUCUGAUCAGUUCUCCUAUCAGUCUGGAGAGACAGAUGUCACAGCUACCAUGCAAAGCAUGGAGAAUGUGCAGACCAUUAAAGGAGAAAGCAGAGAAGAAGCCUGUGACACAGCCUGUGCACAUAAAAUUUUGUCUCAAACACUUAGAAAAAUUGGAAUAAAAGAAGUCAUAAUGACAGACCUCACAAGAGACUAUGUCCUGAUGUCAAAUAGGGAAGACUCUGGGCAUGAUUUGCUUGCAACUGUUAGCACCUCUGAUGAGGAUCUCAGAGGUGUUUAUAACUGGGAUUAUGUGCUCUGCUGUGAACCCAGAUUUCAAUCUCUUGCCUCAGUGUUUAAUGAUAUUGCAGAACUGAAAGAUGAAAAUGUUCACAUUCACAGCUUCUCUAAGGAGAGGAAAUCUCUUGUUUUCCCUCCUCCCUUGAUAACGUCAGUAGCACAGCCUGGCAUAAGGACAGUGCCACCAAGAAUGCCAAAUAUAACAUCAGAGCAAGCUUUUAAUAAAUACUCUUAUCCUCCUAUUAUCCAUAAUCAUGAAUACCCUCCACCAGCCAUGACCCCUAAGUUUUCUCCUAAUCUCUCUUUGCUUACCAUGCAGACACCUUCUGCUUCUCCAGUAGUGUCUGAUGGGAAAAUGAUAGCAACAUGUCUUAUUGAUCCAAGCUAUGAACUUGCAACAGAGGAAGAAAUUCAGGUCUAGGUUAUUAACUGACAGUAUUUUAUGGUAAAAAUAUGGCUUAAAAUGUAUUUUGUUACUUUUUAACAGCAAAAUAUGCCUGUAUCACCAGUAUUCUGUUUUUGUGAGCCUAAAAAGUUAAAAUAUAAAACAGCCAGAAAUUUGCUAACUAUACAACUUCUUCUUCCCAGCUCACAACUGUAGUUUCCUAUGUAAAACAUACAGCCAAGUGUCUGAUAGACAAUUUGACCAGCUUUACAUUAUUUCUUAUAAAAUACAUUAAUAACAAAUAAAUGGAAGUAAUUCUUUAUUGUGGAAACCAAUUAUUAGGAUACUAGUGGGUUCUGACUGCUUCUGUGGUGGUAUUAGCAGAGGGUACUGGAGGGAUGUGUAAGUACAGCAGGUUUGGGGGUGGACAAAGGAUGAAACAAGGAUUCCUGCUGAGAUCUUUCUGUAGUGUUUACCCAGGUUUCCCACAGCUCAGCCUCUGGGUCCCAGUGGUCUGUUUGGCCUCGUGUAGUUUCAUCAUCUGCAGUGGCUCCUUAGUGGGCUUUCUUAGCUAUCUUUGUACUGUGGAACCCACUCAGCAGGUUCUCUGCACCUUUUGUUUAACUCCUGAUUUAAAGCUAGCAAGUCACAAUAAUUGGAAUAAUGGGUCACCUGUGGAAAACAGAAUAACCAGUGGUAGGAUAAAGACAACCAUCUUCUCUAUUACUAGAUCUCAAGUAGCUAUCUGUUGUCUUUUUGUCAUAUUACAGAGGCUGCCCUGGUGCUUAGGCAGCUGUAGGAACAGACAGCAUUACAGUUCUGAAGGUCAUGUAUGCCUCCAGCCCAGUCUUUGGUUCUGUGCUGGACCAAAGAUCUCUGCAAGACUAGAUAAUCUGGCCUUGCUUGUUGUAUGUAUCAUACACACGGCGUUUUGUGUACGUAUCUAUAUCCAGACACAUACACAUGCUGUAUAUGCUUGUAGAUUGAUCAAUAAAAUACACAGAAAAUA